CAACGGAAAACGAAGCAAAUGGAUGCGCGACAAGACAGGAAAAUAAUCGCAAUAAUAUAAAUAUUUCGUCAUGCUUCGAUACUCCAAGGAUCGCCGUCUUCGAAGAUAAAACAACAAGAAAAGGGUCUCGGAUUGAUCUAAGAACUGGGGGAAACGGGAGGGGUCGAUCAUGGGAAACGAAGCGAGCCUGGAAGGAGGCGAAGGGCCGCCGUCUGGACUGCCGGAGGGGUUGGCACCUGACGGAAAGGGCGGCUUCGUCCGGGUCUCUGACGGCAAUCCGGUCAGCCUGAACGAGCUGAGCGAGGAUGAGAGAAGGCAGCUGGCCGCGGCGAUGUCAAGGGCGCAGGGCAGGCAACCUGGAGCUUCAGCAGCUGCACGAAGACCUUCAGAAUCGGAUGCUCAGCAACAAGUAGGGGCCUCCAGGGGCCCAGCAGGUUUGAGUAAAAGUCGAACUGUAGACGCCUUCAACCAGGGUCCACCUGUCAAACCCACACCGGGCCGCAGCCCCUCAUCCCUAAGCCUCUUUGAAUCCAGAUUCCGGCAGGAGCCAAAAGGCGCAGAGACUAAAUCAUCUGCCAUGUUUGGCUCCAGCUUCCUCAGCGGGGCAAAUGCCCUUAGCGCUGUGUCAUCCAUGACAUCCUCCAUCACGUCCAUGGGUGAUGGUGUCAACAUUCCCAAGUUUGGACUGUUUGGGGAUGAGGAGGAGGGUGAUGCAUCAGCAAAAGCGGAGAAUAAGCAGGGAGGGAAGCCCCCAGGAAAGGGCCCCCAGCAGGGUCUAGGACCAAAGGGACCACUGCAGGGAGGACCCCAAAAACAAAGUCAGGGCCCUCCUGGGCAGGGGCCAAAGCCAGGUCAAGCCCCCCCUAGUCAGGGACCGAGGCAAGGUCAGGGGACACCAGGUCAGGGACCCAAAUCUGUUCCUCCAGGGCAAGGACCACCUGUUCAGGGGACAAAAUCAGGUCAAGGUCCUCCUGAGCAAGGACUAAGGCAAGGUCAGGGGCCCAAAUCCAAUCAAGGACCCCCUGGGCAAGCCCCCAAACAAAGUCAAGGACCUGCAGGGCAAGGGCAGCAGGCACCCAGACCAGAUCAGGGUGGACCCUACCAGCAAAAAGGUGGACCACCCCAACAAGGACCUGGAAAACCUGGAUCAAAACCGCAAGGACAGCAAGGCCCCAUGCCAACAAAAGGUACUGGGGCUCCCAGUCAGCAGGUAGCUGGAAAGCCUGCAGGUAGACUCUGUCUGUUGUGUAAAACCACUCAGCUCAACACUGCCUCCAAGGACCCACCAAAUUACAAUACUUGCACUGAGUGCAAGAACCAGGUCUGCAGCCUGUGUGGCUUCAGCCCGCCAGACUCAGCGGGUAAAGAAUGGCUUUGUCUGAACUGUCAGAUGCAGCGAGCAAUGGUAGGAAUGGAUUCCCCUGGCAUGUCAAAGCCCAUGCAAGGCUCUGGCCCACCCUCGCCUCAGAGACAGGUAUCUGGCAAGCCUAGAAAGUUGCUGAUAAAGCAGCAGAGCACCUCUGACCCAGGAUUAACGCCACCAACAACACCAAGACAAAACUCCCCAGGUCAUUCAUCUCCAGGACCUCUUUCUCCAGGCUCUUCAUUGGGAGGAUCGCCCAAAAUUGAUCCCAAGACAGGACGCCCCAUUCAGCAGAAGUCUAGCCCUCAGCAGUCUCCAGCUAAAGCCAAACAGGAAUCUAGCUUCUUUGGGGGAUUGGGAGGUAUUAGUUUAGGAGGGCUCACAGAUUCAGCUAAGCCCCCUGUGGGUGCACAAGCUACAGAAUCUGUUACAGGAAAACUAUUCAGUGGGUUUGGUGGAUUGAUGGAGUCAUCGAAACCUCCUACAGAGGCUGCACCAAAACAAGACGCAUCUGUGGCUGGAAAGCUGUUUGGGGGUUUAGGAGGGCUGACAGAGUCAGCAAAACCUCCCACUGCUGCAUCUCAAAUGUUCAGCUUUGGCUCAUCGCUUCUGAGCUCAGCCACCACUCUCGUCUCUGGGGAGGAAACCAAAGCACCGGAGUCUCCAGCUGGGUCACCAGACUCUGGAUCAGGUUCUCCUCCUGAGUCUGAUCCUGGUUCACCUCCUGACUCUCCUUUCUCUGCCCCUGGAUCUGCACCAGAUUCCGACUCUGCUCCUGAAACCCCACCUGUCAGGUCCAAAACGCCCCCCAGACACACCACUGUGGAGAAGGAAGAGAAGUCCCCAGCAGCAGAACCUGCUCAGGCUCAAACUUCAGUUGCCAUGGAAAACUGUCCUCUCUGUAACCUGGAGUUAAACAUUGGAUCAUCAGACACCCCCAACUACAGUCUUUGCACUGAGUGCAAGAAGAACGUGUGCAAUCUUUGUGGAUUUAAUCCUAAUCCUCAUCUAGGGGAGAAAGAAUGGCUUUGCCUGAACUGUCAGACUCAAAAAGCAAUGUCAGGCCAGCUAGAAGACGUUCCACCGCCAUCCAUGGACUCCACAAAGAAACAAGGACCUGCUCCAUCCUCUGCCCCCUCCUCUACCCCUGUUCCUGCUGCUGUAGAUAGCAAACCUGUAGCUGAAACAGUAGAUCCAACCCCACUUGCUUCUGAGAUCAAGGUAGUGACUGCAUCUACACCAGUUUCAUCUGAACACGCAUCCACUCCCAUAGAGAACAUGCCUCAAGAAACACAUCAGCCAGAGGAACUAAAGCAGUUAUUAGCAGACACGUCAGUGUCUAAACAACAGAUUUUAAAUUCAGAUUAUUUCACUGAGAUUAACUCAGAAAUCAAAUCUGUUGAGAACGAACAGCUCAGUUCGGAGAAUAUAGCAGGGGAUGGUCCUCAUCCUGAAACAGAGUUACCUGACAUUAACCAACAAACACAGAGUGCAACUGUCAGUGAAAUUUUUGCAGCUAUGGAAAAACAAAGUAUGUGUCAGAAAGCAGCAGAGAAUAAUCCUCAACCUGACACAGAGCAUCCUAAUGUUGAGCCACAUGCACCGUGUGCACCUGUCGGUGAAAUCCCACAAGUUGAGCAACAACAAGAUUGCACAGAAAAUAGAGAUGAUAGCCUUUCUCCAACUGUAGAAGGUGAGAUACAAAACCCAUUGACAAAUUCAGUUUUAGACAACACAGAUGCCUCUGUCAACAUUGAAACUAGGUCAGAUACCAAAAUUGCUCAAAGUGAGGGUGCAGCUCCCCCAGAGGAUCAUAAAAAAGUUGAAUCAACACCUGAAGAGUUCCCAGAAGUGACAUUUGAACCAACUGCUUCCAAGAUCCAUAGAGGAGUCACACAGGAGAUUGUAAAGUCAGAUUCUACUGCUGCAGAUGUAAACAAUGACAUUUUAACAGAUGAACCCCAAAAAUUGCCAGUAGUGCUAACUCCAUCAGACACAAGAUCAGAGAUCAACAAAACAGACAGCAAUGAAAACUCUGGGGCAAACACUGUUGCACUAGUUGUUACAAAUGAUGUUACUGCAGAAACUAUGUCAGCAAAAGAGUUGAUAACCUCUGUAAUUGCUGCCCCCCAAGUCGAAUCACGUAUAUCUCACAACGCAGGGCAAGAAUUACAAGCAACACCAGCAGACAGUGUAGAAUUUGACAUUUCUUUGGUUGUGGAAGAUCAAAAUUCUUUUGCAUCUUCCGAGGAAGUUAGUCAGGUAACUGAAACAAAAAAUGAGCUUAUAGAGAAAGAGGAGGAGGCAGAUCCACAUAAUCUAGCAGAUACUUUCCCUCCUGUUGUAGGUCCAUUAGAGAAAGAAACGUCUGUUACAGAGAAGGCAAAUAAAAAGAAUACUGAUGAAACAAAAGACUCGGUGAAACCUAUUGAUAAUGAGAAAAUAGCUCUGAAUAAAACUACAAAACAUGAUGACGUGGUGGCAGUUGACACACAAAUAAAUGUAGGCACACCAGGAGCAGCGGAGGUAAAAGCAGAUAAAGGGAAUUCAUUAAAAGAGGAGAGAAUUAAUAAAGAAACGGUUGAGAACACAAAUGACCAAAAUGUCCUCAGAAAACAUGGUUUUGAAGCAGGUCUAAUUGAAGCAGUGGGCAACACUGAAACGGAAAGUAUUCUAAUGGAAAUAAAGGAGGUAGAAAAGGAAAGUGUGGGAGCAGUAGCUGUCCCAGAGGAAAUGCCGAAAGAAGACCUUCAUAUAAAUAAAGAUAUACAACAAGAAACAAAGUCUGAUGCUGUUGAAGGAAGCCCUGUUAAGACAGUACCACUGUUAGAGAAAUCGGAAGACACAGAAAACUCUUGGGCAGUUGCAUCAAGUGAUGAAUCACAGAAAAGAAAACAAAACCUGGAGAAUGCUAUGUUAGAGGUGGAUGAACAGUCUGACAAAGCAGUUAUCUCUGAUCCACCACCUGUCGAAUCAAGGCAGCAAGAAAUGGGGGCUGUUGAGGUGCCAGUUAAAAGUGUGCAACCUGUGUCUUCCUCAACUUAUGUCAUUGAAACAAAACCCAGUAAAAUAACCUGUGAGGAGAAUGACUUUGAGGGUGAGGCAGAGACUGGCUUGAGUGCAGCAGAAAAUCAAAAGGAGCCUGAUAAAGUUGUUGAGCCAUCAGUCAAGGAUAGGGAGGCAGAAACUGACAAGAACGAGGAUGAGUCACAGCCUGUCGUUGGCAGCCUGCAGGAAGCUAUUUCAGUAUCUGAAGCAAAUGCUGUAUGUGACAAAGAUUACAAUACAGUUUUUGAUGUAGAAGUGAGCUCCACUUCAGAGAAGCAUGAAGCUUCAGAGCAUGUGCCUGCUUUAGUACCUUCAGUCCCACUACCAGAAUCUAAAAUCCAGUCUGUAGAUAGUAAUCACGAUGCAGGUUCGAAGGAAGAAAGUGUGGAGGAGAAAAUGGAAGUAAAAGCUAAACCUCUGGAAAAGCAUAGCGAUGAGGAUAAUGAGGUGACUAUUAAAACAGAGGAAACUUUGAAAGAGCCUGAAUUGAAAGAAGUGGAGGCUAUAGAAUGCAGUCCCAUUGGCCCUUCAGAUCUAGCAAAACUACAAAGUUCUGUGCUUCCUAUUCUAAAGGCCCAGGUGGGCACAGAGCAGGAGAAACAGACUGAUACUUUAAAGACCAGACGUAAAUUGGAGGUUCUUCCUCUGUCAUCUGAUUCUCCAAGUUCAGAAGAGGACAAAGAACUUUCAGAGAAGAAUGCCAGCAGUACUUCAAAGAAAAAGCUUCUUGUGCCAAUGGAUGUCAAGGCAGAUUCCCUGGAUGACAGCAGUGAAAGUUUUGGAAAAGAAAGCCCAAUGUCAGGAGAUGAUGAGGAGUUUAUCAGAAAACAAAUCAUAGAAAUGAGUGAGAAUGAGGAUGCCUCUCCAUCGGAUGAAGAAAGUUUAGUCAGGCGAAAGAUCAGAGAGGAUGAGAAGAAGCCGAAAGAAGAGAACAAAGCAGAGACUGUAGAGAAGAGCACCACAGGAAAAACAAGACGCUUAACUAAGAAAAGUACUAUUAGUGCCGACUAUGAGGAUGUUAAGGAAAUCACAGCCUUAGUGGACAAGUCUGAUGUUAUCAAAGGAGAUGGACAAGAACAAAAUGAAGAACAGUACCAGAGCAUUGCUGCUGUUUGCAAAUUACAAACCUUUGACCUGAAUGUAACCAGCAGCCCUAUAAGUAUACCCAGUGCAGAUGGAGAGCCUGAAAUGGAAAGCUUGACAGACUCUCCUGAUGACCGGUCCAGGGGUGAGGGGUCGUCUAGUCUGCACGCAUCUAGCUUUACUCCAGGAACAUCGCCAACAUCUCUCUCAUCCCUGGAUGAGGAUAGUGACAGCAGCAGUCCAAGUCAUGUCCGUACUGGUGAGGUUAAACAGCACAGAAAAGCCAAGCACAGACAGACUGGGCAAAUGUUGCCAACUAUUGAAGACUCCUCAGAGGAGGAGGAGUUACGGGAGGAGGAAGAACUGCUCAGGGAGCAAGAAAAACAAAAAGGCUCUGGGAAAAAAUCUAAAAAAGACAAAGACGAGAUCCGGGCCCAAAGAAGGCGGGAGCAUUCAAAGACACCUCCAAGCAAUCUUUCUCCUAUUGAAGAUGCCUCACCAACCGAAGAACAGAGACAGGAAGCUGAAAUGGAGGAGAUCAGACGGUCAUCUUGCUCGGAUUUUUCCCCCAGUAUUGAAUCAGAUCCUGAAGGGAUUCAGAUCCACGCUGCAAAGAUUGCAGCGGUCCAAAAAACAUAUCAGCUGCCUACAUCGGUAUCUCUUCACUCUCCAACAGAUGAUGAAAACACUGAUAAAUCUCAGAAGAAAGCACUCAAAUCUGCUGAUGAGGCGUAUGAAGAAAUCAUGCUAAGGGUUAAAUCUCCAACACUUGAUAAAGGUGAAAUUCAAGCAGAAAAAGAAUCUGUUUAUGGCGGCAUGCUUAUUGAAGAUUAUGUCUAUCCUUCCCUUCUUGACAAUUCUUUUGUUCGGGAAGAACCAGAGAAAAUGUCUAUCCCUGUUGAACCCAGAAAACUGAGAUCACCCGAUGAAGUUUAUGAGGACAUGAUUAAGAAAAGAAAGGAAUUCAUGCAGCUAGAGCGGGAAUAUGAAAAUAUAAAGCCGAAAAACGAAACCACCCCUAAUCCAAAAAUUGUGCUGCAACCAGCUGAAAAUACUUUCCCCCAAAGUGCCACAGUAACAUUAGGCAAAGAUGGAAAGCCAUUGUUGGAUGCUGAAACUGCCUAUGAAGAGCUAAUGAAAAGAGUUCUGACACCAGGAACAAGCCCUACUCAGCCUGAGCCAGAAGUGGAAACUACUUCAUCAAAAAAGAUUCUUCAUCCCAUUCCGGACUUAAGGGUUACACAGUGCUCUUCUGGAGAGAUAUCCUCUGAUGAUGAAAGUACAGUUAAAAAGGAACAGGAGGUAACAGGACCAGAUAUGACAUCAGCAAAGGAAUUUGAGCUUGUGAAAGAAGUAUCUGAGGCUCCCCCAUCAACUACAUCAGAAAAGCAACCCGGUAUUGAAACUUCAGCAUCUAAGGCUGAACUUGUGGACCUUUCAAGUACCUUUCCAAGAUCAUCGGCUCCUGUGAUUGCUAAUGUGUCGCCCCUAGCAACAGUCCCCCAGUACACGCCUAGUUUAUCUAGUGUUGUGUCUACAGCACCCCCUGUUCCCCCUAAGCCAAAUAUUUUGCGCAGGGCUAAUUCUCAGGAAAAAGGAGAAGAACCUGUUGCAUCACCCCAGCCUCCUCCCACCCCACCAAAACCCACUGUUUUUCCCAGGAAAGCUCCAGUUCCACUCCCAGCACAGGCUUCAGCACCUAUAAAAAAAGUAGAGCCAGUACCUGUGACUUCACCCCAAGGAUCACCUGUGAGACAAGCAGUUACUCCAACAUACAAACCUCAUUUCCCACCUCCUGUUCCUCCAAAGCCAGCCAUUCCUGUUGGGAUUGUGGACAGUCACAGACCAGGACAUGCUGUUAAACCACCAAUUGCACCAAAGCCUGGUUCACAGCCACCUUCACCUGCUCAUGCCCCUCUUCCAACAAGACCUACUGUACUUCCCACUUGUCCAAUUGACGCAGUUCUUAAUUUGAGCCCCUCUGCAGAGGGCAAGACAUUUCAACCUUCACCAAAGUCUCCUUCUUCCCCAAGAUAUUCCAGCAAUCUUCGUGACACGUAUGUAGUCAUCACACUGCCAUCGCAGCCUAGCUCUCCAGUUGACAAUGUCACCACUCAAGCCCCCUCUGGUCCUGGACCAGCAUCUCCCUCACAGCAUGAGAGUUUUUAUGAACCACCGCAUCAACAAUCAUGUCCACAGCAACAUCAACAACCUACUCCUCCUCAGACAAGCAGGGUGCCUCUGGCAUACACACGUGUCACAGAGUCUAUUGAAAAACAAGAGAUAUGUAGCCCAGAAAAACAUGUUUCUAGUUCUUGCCACAUAAUUGAGGCUAUAUCUGCUUCAGCAAAGCCAUCUGUUUUACCUAACCUCAUAUCUCAAGUGGUUACUACCGAAGUUCAAAGAACCACUGUUUCUGUUGUUCAUGAAAGACCACCACCAGUACCAGCUCCAAGGGCAACUGGUGUUCCAAUGUCAAAGGAAAAGCCAAAGCCUCAGAUACUAGCACAGAAUGAGGCAACUUCUCUACCGUCUGACGUGGUAGAUCUUAGAACUGUGAAGGUAGAUUCAGAUUUUAAUAUGAAUGGUGUUGAUCUGUCCACUAGCCUAGAUCCAAGACGUCAAUCUUUUGUGAGUGAUGUCAGUCGUCACACCAGUGCAGUGCAAUCACCUGUGGUUAACCUCAGCGCUGAAUCAUCCACUGUUUCUAUAGUAACUGACAGCAUCACUAUUGUGACCUGUUCUGCAACAAUCCAGCAAUGUGACAAUGUUGAGAUUUCUCAAGCUUCUUCAGUGCCCCUUCAGCUAACCAAAAAUAAGCCAUUUGAACCUGUUUCUCAAAUUAUAUAUCGACCAGUUGAGUCUCAGCCCUCCACUCUUGCUACUACCGAAGUCCCAAUUAACCUUUCAGUUGGAUCAAAUACAAGUGCGGGAGGUCUUCAAGCCAUGCCAGUCACUGUUCCACCCCCUUCUGUUGCAACCUGUAUUGCCAAUGGAUUAAUUAUAGGAAGAACCACAGUGGCAGGAGCUGUUGAUCUUAGUACCUCAAAACCUUUUAAUACUUUGGUGUCAGUUGAUGUGACAUCUGCACAUGUGGUUACCACCACAAUCACAGAUGAUGGCAAACCAGUGGAUCUGACAGCAGGGAAGAGAACUGUAUGCUGUGAUGUUGUGUACAAGCUGCCGUUUGCUGGAAGUUGUGCAACUCAGCAGCCUACCACACCUCUUCCUGAAGAUCGUUUUGGAUAUCGUGAUGACCAUUAUCAGUUUGACCGAACACCUUAUGGCAUGAGAGGGUUUAGUGGAAUAAAACCCUCCAUGUCAGACACCAAUCUUGCAGAAGCUGGGCUAUUCAUGUACAAGAGUAAGAACAGUUAUAAUUUCAAUGUCACAGCAGAGGGAGCAGUAGAUCUCACCUCAGCGAAGAUAUCAGACGCAGGUGAAGCUGUUGACUACUCCAAGAAAGGAAGUUAUGCAGGAAUGACAAUCCCACCAUAUUCCCAUUCCAGUGCCACAAGCGCUGUCAGUUCACUCUUUGGCACAAACAGUGUUUUAAGGUCAUCAAAUGGAGUGGUCUACUCCUCUGUUGUAGCACCAGUCCCAUCAACAUAUGCAAUUACUACUCAACCAGGAUCUAUAUUUAGUACAACAUACAAUACCUUUUCAGGAAUGCACACAAGUGACACCAUGCCUUCUCUGUCCAAUGUCCAGAAUUUACCACUUACCAGAUCUCAAAGUUUCCUCUCCACCAUUUCCACAACAGAAGAACAAGGAGAAGCUCCUCUUAAUCUGGAGAUCUCUAAGGGAGGUAUUACUGCUGUCAAUGGUACAACUACUUCAACAACAUCCUUAUCCCUUGACACAUAUACAGACGCAUCCCUGGAGGCUAUAGCUGCUUCACUGGAAGCUCUGUCUUCCCCAAUGGUUCCUGGAGAUGGCCAGUAUCAGGCAGAGCGAGAGAGACUAGAAAUGGAAAAGCUAAAGCAGCAGCGCUUGGCUGAGGAAUUAGAAUGGGAGCGGCAGGAGAUUCAGCGAUUCCGUGAACAAGAACAGCUCCUGGUACAGAAGGAAUUAGAAGAGUUGCAAGCCAUGAAACAGCAUAUCCUGACUCAACAAGAGGAGGAAAGACAGGCUCAUCUUAUGAUGCAAAAAGAAACAUAUGCUCAGCAACAGCAGCAGCUUGAGCAAAUACAACGACUCCAAGAACAGUUGCGAUCACAGUUAGAAGAGCAAAAGCUUCGGCAGAUGUACCCAGGUACAGACAUCCCAGGAUAUGGUGUGCAGGAGGCCAUUGUCUUAGGACCUGAUGGCACAGUGCUUUCUCGAAAAAUUACUGAUAGUGGAUGCCAGACCGAUGAGGAGGACGAAUCAUUUAGCAAAGCUUACACAGCAGGGAGAAAAAAGAAAAGUGUUAAAAAGAGUGUUGAUAGUUGUGUUCAGACUGAUGAUGAGGAUCAGGAGGAAUGGGAGGCUCAGAGAAGCCGACAGAGUCGUCCCCGUACUGCCAGGGGUGAUAGGGGUGGACAGUCAGAGAUGUCUCUUCAAGCCCACACUGAAAUUUCUAUACAAACCGACACAGAUGGAAAUAUUCGAAUGGACACGAGAAUGGAGCUGUCAGACUCAGAAAGGACCUCACCAAAGAAACGUCCUACUCCCUUAGAAAUAGGCCAAUCUGCUAACCUCAAACCAGAAUUUUCUUCCCUUCAAGCCCACCCUAAAUCCCCCAAAGUCCUUUAUUCUCCUGUAUCUCCAUGUAUAUCACCUAGCAAAUCCCUUGAAUUUGUGUCCUAUGACAAGUCCCUAGGUGAUACCAGCCCACAAAAGCUAAGGGAAAGUACAGACCCAUCAAAAUCCUCUCCAGCAAGUCCUCGAGGACCCAAAACCAUGCAGCGCUCCAUGUCUGACCCAAAGCCCAUGAGUCCAACAGGAGAAGAAAGAGCAACAUCUGGCACCCAGUAUGGGGAUGGCCAUCCGGGGAAAGGAUCAGGAGGCACACCCACGGGCACUCAAAAAAAGGUAAAAAGGACUCUGCCCAAUCCCCCCUCAGAAGAAGAGUCAACAACAAGUGGACAAACGGCAUACACCACUAACUCUGCCCGCAGAAGAAUGUGCCGGAAUUCUAACAUGGCACGUGCCAAGAUCCUACAAGACAUUGAUCGGGAGCUAGAUGUGGUCGAGCGAGAGUCUUCCAAGCUCCGCAAAAGACAGGCAGAAUUAGACGAAGAGGAGAAAGAGAUUGAUGCUAAGCUUAGGUAUUUGGAGAUGGGAAUCAAUCGUAGAAAAGAUGCACUUUUAAAGGAAAGGGAGAAAAGGGAAAGGGCCUACUUGCAGAGUGUUGCAGAGGAUAGAGAUUACAUGUCAGACAGUGAGGUUAGUAACAUCCGAGAGACUAGGAGUGUCCGAGAAGGUGGUGAAGAUGAGGACAUUGAGGAUCAUGGUCUUGAGCGCCCCAGGACAGCUCCCCACUCAGAACUUGAUGACUUUGUUCCUCCCCAAACCAAGCACGAGUAUGGAAAAUACUCUCAGUACCAAUAUCCUCAAAGUCAGUACCAGCAGUCUAUCUAUCAGACUCCACAAUCCUAUCAAUCUCACUCUAUCUACUCAUCUGUUCCUUCACUUACUACUGCCCAACAGCAGAGUUACCAGCAGAUGCUUCUGUUGCAGCAGAAAGCUGCCAGACAAGCGGCCCUUCUAGCAGAGCUUGAUGCAACUAAAUAUGAUGUCAUUAGCCAUCAGCCCGAUCCCACAUCAUCAGCUUAUCUUGGUGUCAAGUACGACAAAUAUGGUAACCAUCUAGACCUCAGAGCCCUGGAGGUGGGAAGUAUAGCAGAUAGCCCAAUGUCAGCUGUUUCUGAUUCCUACUACACAGAAGUGGAACACCACACACCUCGGAGUUACAUGCUGCUGGAAGACGCUGCAGAGCUAGCUAAGACCUCCACAGGUCUGUCUUCAUCUUAUAGUCUAGCGGAAAGGGAGCUGGCUAAGGCAGAGAAGCUUCUGCGUAGAAGCGCUGCAGAUCUCGGGUCUACUGACUAUCUAGGCUCCACCUCCAGGCUCCAUAAUUUUGGAAAGACUCCUGAUGAAGAAGAUACAAUGGAGGACCCCUAUGAAUUAAAACUUCUGAAGCAGCAGCUCAAACAUGAGUUUAGAAGGAGUACAGGAGGAACAGAAAACUUAGAACAACUGGCAGGUCUCUCCCAACACUACUAUACUCCAAGUUCUGGUGUCUCUAACUACUCCCAAAGACACUAUCCAAAGUCAGAUAAAUAUAGCAUCAGUCGACUUACGCUUGAGAAGCAAGCAGCGAAGCAACUCCCAGCAUCAGUGUUGUACCAAAAACACAAACCUCCACUACUAGAUCCUAAAAUAUCCAAGUAUUCCUCUAUUACAGACAGCAGGGGUUUGGAAACUGAUUAUAACUAUUUGGGAUCUACCAGUGCUUCCCCAAGAUCCAGUAGGCUGUUGCAGGAUGAAAUUACAUUUGGCCUUCGUAAGAAUAUUGCAGAACAACAAAAGUAUCUUGGAUCUACCUUGGGAGCCAAUUUAGCUGGUUCCCUAAAUUUGGGCCAGAGCUUGGGCUUGGACUCUGCUUAUCCUAGUGGUAGCCGGUCAAGACCCUCGUCCAGACCUACAUCUUGUUACGGCCUGGACCUGUCAAUCAAAAGAGACAUUUCAAGCUCUUCACUGAGGCUUAAAGGAGAUGGAGAAUCAUCUGGAGAUGGUCUGAAAUAUCAAACCCCCUCUGGGCGCACCAAACCUACUAGCCUUCCGAUUGUGCAAAGUGGCCGUGGGCGAAUACCUAUAGUGGCACAGAACUCGGAGGAAGAGAGUCCAUUGAGCCCUGUUGGGCAACCGAUGGGCAUGGCUCGUGCAUCCGCUGGGCCUCUGCCUCCUAUCUCUGCUGAUUCAAGGGACCAGUUUGGUUCCUGUAUGUCCCUACAAGAUUCCCAGCAGCAGCAACACAUAAGAGAAGAGCCAACAAGGGGUAGGAGUUAUGUACUGCUGGAUGAUCUUCAGGGCACAAUGUCUGAUAGUGAAGCCCUAUGUGAUUCCCUGACGGCUUUGAACAGAGACGAUUCAACUAAUGCUUAUCACCUCAGACGAGAAGAGACAGACUGGUUUGACAAACCAAGAGACGGACGGCCAGAGAACGGACAGGAAAAGAGACAGGGAAAAGGUCCAUACUAUCCAUUCCCUCACCUCAGGGUCAAACUGCUGAAGGAUCUCAAAGACCACAGUGUCACAGGAAAUGGUUUGGGUAUCCGUGUUGUUGGAGGAAAGGAAGUUCCAGGUGGGAAUGGAGACAUUGGAGCCUAUGUUGCCAAAGUCCUACCUGCAGGAGCUGCAGAACAAACAGGAACAAUUCGUGAAGGAAUGCAAGUCUUGGAGUGGAAUGGUGUUCCUCUGAUGGGAAAAACUUAUGAGGAAGUGCAAGGAUUGGUUGGACAGCUAUGUAAUGAGGCAGAAGUGUGUGUCAGACUUGAUCUUAACAUGCUGGCUGAGUCUGAAGAUUCUCAGCACCUUGAUUUGCAGGAGUACAGCAAAGGGGAAAAACCUCCCAGGUCUCCAGGCGUUGAUCCCAAACAGCUGGCGGCCGAGCUGCAGAAAGUGUCACAGCAGCAGGGUCCCAUGUCUGCAUCUUCCUCGAGCCUGGCUGCUCCAGGGUCGGUGACAUCCAGCCCCGGUCAGCCUGGUUCCCCCUCCGUCAGCAAAAAGCGCCAUGCCAGCAAGACUACAGAAGGAUCCAAGACCCACUCCUACCCUAUAUCUGGAGAGAUACAGCUUCAAAUCCACUAUGACAAGCAGCUUGGCAACUUGAUAGUUCAUGUCCUGCAGGCCAGAAACCUCGCACCACGGGACAACAAUGGCUACUCAGAUCCAUUUGUAAAAGUGUAUCUCCUACCAGGGAGAGGUCAGGUCAUGGUUGUCCAGAAUGCCAGUGCUGAAAACAAGAGAAAAUCCAAACACGCAGGAAAGAGCCUCAAUCCUGAGUGGAACCAGACCGUCAUCUACAAAAACAUCUACCUGGAGCAGCUGAGAAAGAAGACUCUGGAAGUGACUGUUUGGGACUAUGAUAAAGGCUCCUCUAAUGAUUUCUUAGGAGAGGUUCUUAUUGAUCUGUCCAACACAGCCCAGCUGGACAACAUUCCUCGAUGGCUCCCACUUAAGGAGCAAAGCGAAGGCGACCACCACAGACGUUCCCACUCAGGCCAGGGCCGUCAUACCUCCUCCAAACCCUCCUCACAGCACUCAUCCCCUAAAGUCACUGCUUCCGCGCAUGAUAGUCAGGACUCCCCCAAAUCAUCUGUCACCAAGAGUCGAAGCCAUGGGAUCUUUCCAGAUCCAGCCAAGGGACAGAGAAGCCUUCUCACGUUAAGGCACCAGAGACACAGCGUAGUGGGUGUGCUCACCAUUCAGAGAGCCCAGUCUGACUGGCUGCCUGCCCUGCCAUCGACCAUGUCGGCCAAGGGGAGCAGAGGAGACGGCAGACUCGUAAGCCUCAGGAAAGCCAUGUCAGAGGAAAGGCCGCAGAGCAUCGGAGCUCGGUCGAGCUACAGGUCCAGCGAUGCCCCAGUUACCGCGGCUUCAUUGGACAGUGGUCUGAGCGGUAGUGCUUACAGCCUUUUGGAUGAAGAAGGAGAGACAAAUGAAGUGGACAGUGCUAUCUUCCAGGUUCCUCGAUUUGGGAAGAUCCCAAAUGGCACAGACGUGAUUAAAUCCUCAAUGGGACAAAGUGAUGGAGAAGGGAAGACUCAGGUGAUGGGGGAGAUCAAGAUCGCUCUGAAAAGGGAGAUGAGGACAGAGGGGGAGCAACUGGUCCUGGAAAUUCUUCAAUGCCGCAACAUCACUUACAAGUUUAAGACUCCUGACCACCUACCUGACCUUUACGUGAAGCUCUAUGUAGUGAACAUUGCCACCCAGAAAAGGAUUAUCAAGAAGAAGACCAGAGUGUGUCGUCAUGACCGCGAGCCAUCCUUCAAUGAAACGUUUCGCUUCUGCAUGAACCCAACAGGACACUCACUGCAGCUAUUCCUUGUAUCAAAUGGAGGCAAGUUCAUGAAGAAGACCCUCAUCGGAGAGGCUUACGUGUGGCUGGACAAAAUCGACUUACGCAAACGAGUCGUGAGCUGGCACAAGCUGUUUGCUAGCACAGCUCAGAUCCACUCAUAGGGGGACACUUUAGACUUUAAAGGCAAAAAGUGAAAAGAUUAUGAGUUUGUGACAUCAGGGGGACCUUAACUCAGCAUCUGCAAAACUGGUCCUGCGUGGCUGUUUGGGUGAAGGAUGACGCGGUAACAAGCGAAGACAAAAUCUCUUCGUUUUCAACCUUUGGGACUUGGGUGGUUUCUUGUUUUCA